AUGGCCGGGCGCCGGCGCCUCCCAGCUGGGUCACGAACCGAACUGCCGCCACUGAAGAUUAUCCGCAAGAUCCUACUGCUUCAGGUUGCCUAUUAUGUCGGCGCAACGGUACUCAUCCUCUUCACAACGGUCGUUUACGGUACGCCAUUCUCGUUGAACCUGGUCUUUGGCUGGGAUUAUUUGCGCGGAGAUACGACGGUGGGCUGGAUGCUUGGCUUGGUUUGGAUGUUGAACUGUUUCAUCAGCGUGAUAUUUCUUCUUCUAUUCGUGUCGCGGUCCAAGUUGGUACCGGACUUCGCCCUUACAAUCCACUUCCUCCACCUCGUCGCCACCAUCCUCUAUACUCACUCACUCCCUUCCAACGUCCUGUGGUGGGGUCUACAAUUUGCCAGUGCCGGGAUGAUGAUAUUUGUCGGCAUGUGGGCAUGUCAGCACCGAGAACUACGUCCGAUCACUUUCACUGGACUCGAGGGUAGCAGCCAGGCCGGGUCUUCGUCGCAACAGACCGGUGGUGAUGGCCAACAAGAAUCGAGCUUUGGGCGUGGUCGUGGCCGCGAGCGCAGUCUCCAGAACGAGUACGAGAUGGAUCGGUUGAAGGCAAAUGGACAGCAUGCUGUAUAA